AUGGAAAAAUUAGAAAAUCGUAAAAGUUAAACCAGCUUUCGUUCUUUAUUUUGUCUUAAUAAAUUAAAAGUUAGAACAUAAGUUUUAAUAAUCCAAGUGCUAAUUCAAUUUUCAGUAGGAACCUUAUUAACAUUAAUAAGCUAUUUGUCAUUUUAAUACAUAAUAGAUAGGUACUCAAAUAUCUCAUUAGAAUGCUAUGUCUUAUAGUAUUACAAAAAGACUGAUAUGAUUAGUUAUUUAUAAGUGAGAAGUUCUCAGGAAGUAUUAUUGAGAAGUUAAACUCAUCUUUUAAAGUCUGAUUUCUUAUAUCAGUUCAUAUAAUCUAUAGAGUUGUAGUAUGUUUAAUAACCUCUCGAUUGUCUAAAUUAUGACGAUAAAUAUGAUAAAUAUUAAUAUGAAUAAACAUUUUGUUAUGGUUUCUUUGGAGAUAAAGUAUAUCCUCUUACUAAUUAAGAUAUAUUAGCAAUGAAUUAUUCUUCUUUCUUAACUUAAAUCUUACCAAUUAUGGAUAUGGAUUUGGAUUUAUUAUUUUCAACAAUCGGAGAUCAAAUGUACUUUUCGAUUUGGCCUGGAGAUCCUUUUCCUAAUUAUAAGCCACAUAGAAGGAUUUGGUACACUAACCAUUUAAAGUAAAUAGAAGAUAAAAAUUAUAAUUUGACAUAUUUUAGUGAUCCAUAUAUAGUUUGGACUUGGUUUUUAUUUAUGGUGACAUAAACAAGGAAUAUGACGAAUUUAAAUGGAUAAAUAGAUGGUGUUUUUGGAAGCGACUUAAACUUUAGUUUAUUUAAAACUCUAUCAUAGAAAUAAGAAAAUGUAACAUUUUCAAUAAUUGAUAAAAAAGGGCAAUUUCUAUUAAGUUAAUUUAAUAUAAGUUAAGAUACAUACAUUUAUGAUACUGAGAAAUCAGGUUUUAAUAAGGAGGAUUUCGAGUAAAUAAAUAAUUCAUUAUAUAAAAAAUAAUUUAUUAAUAAUUGUUCAAGGAUAGAUCAAUUACUUAAUAAUGAAAGACUUUGUAGAUACAAUACAGUAGCUAAUACCGAAGAAUUAAUUGUAGCAAAGUUCCUUUAUCCUACCGAUUUGAUUUUGCUGAUGUAAUAGAUAUGAAAUCUUAUCGUUUUAGUUAAGUGAAUCUUCUAGAGUAAGAGAAGGAACUAUUAAAUCAGAUAAGUCAAAUUAAAAACAAUUUUUAAGAUUUUUUCAGAAUGUAUAUUUUAAUUGGAAUUUCAACUGCAUUGUUUUCAAUUAUUUUGAGUUCAUUAGUAAUCUAUGUAACAUUGAGUCCAAUUACAAAUUUAAUAUUGUAUACAAGUUAAUAGAUUACAAAGGAAUAUGAUUUAAUGCAAUAAUAAAUUUAUUAAAAGGUUCAUCUUAAAUAAAGCAAAUAUUCUUUAAAGACUAUUUAAGAAUUGCAUUAAGCUUUUAGAAGAAUGAAUAUCAAAUUAUUUAAUCAUAAAGAAGGAAGGAAAAAUAUCACUUGUAAAGAACUUGAAUAAAUUUAAUUUCCUUUAAAACCUAUAGAAACAUUAUAAAUUAAAACUUCUAAUUUUUAAGUAAAAUAAAUUCAAAAGUAAAUUAGAAUUACAACUUUUCGAGGGAAGAUUUAAGAGCAUUUUAUCCAUUUGAUUAUUUAAGGCUUCAGUUUAAGAAAAUAAGAUGUUCAUAUAAUUAUAUUUCAAAAUGA